ACACGAUUCCUCUUGCCCCACACAGUAGGCACUCAGGCAUUGCUCCUUCACCAGACAGCAACAUGACUGGCCCAAGGAAGUUCUUCGUGAUUGGUAACUGGAAGAUGAAUGUGGAUAGAUCUCGCAUCGACAACAUCGUUAAACUCAUGACAGCAGCAUCUCUGGACCCCAAUACAGAAGCCGUGGUUGGGUGUCCCUCGUGCUACUUGUCGUACGCCCGCCAGCAGCUCCCGCCCCAGAUUGCUGUAGCCGCUCAGAACUGCUAUAAGGUAGAGAGAGGCAACUUUAGCGGAGAGAUAUCUCCUGCCAUGAUCCAGGACUGUGGGUGUGAGUGGGUCAUCCUGGGUCACCCUGAGCGGAGGACAAUAUUUAAUGAACCAGAUCACCUCAUCAGCCAGAAGGUCGCCCACGCCCAACAGGCAGGCAUCAAGGUGGUGGCGUGUGUGUGCGAGACGAAGGAGGAUCGUGAGAGCCAGCGGACGGAGGAGGUGUUGUACGGACAGUUAGAGUCCCUGGCGGCCAGCAUCAGUGAUUGGUCCCGCGUAGUGAUCGCCUUCGAGGCUCUGUGGGCCAGUGGCACUGGCAUCUUGGCCACACCUGCACAGGUCCAGGAGGCACUCUCCAUGCUGCGGCACUGGCUACGUCACAACGUCUCCCACCACGUGGCCAACACAACUCGUAUCAUCUACGCUGGCUCAGUUUCCACCGACAAUUGUCAGGAACUGGCCAAGUUGAAGGACCUGGACGGAUUCCUGGUGGGAAGCGCCGCCCUCAAGCCUGAUAUUGUUGACAUCAUCAACGCGAGAAGCUCCCAUGUUGCAAGACUUGUUGAUAUCUUCUCCUCCUAUGAGCGCUUGUCUAGGGGAGUGUAAACAAGACGAAGUUACUAACGUCAUGUAAUUAAUUUUAUUAUUAUAUUGUUCAUCUGUAGUGAAUCUGCAGCUGGAACUGAUCCUAUCACCCAUGAGUUCCAUCACCCUUUCUAGUAUUCCAGUUCGCUAUACUUCAUGUGAAGCUCUUGUACAUAAGUCAUUUAUACAUAAUAUUUACAGCUUAUAUAUAUAUAUAUAUAUAUAUAUAUAUAUAUAUAUAUAUAUAUAUAUAUAUAUAUAUAUAUAUAUAUAUAUAUAUAUAUAUAUAUAUAUAGAGUACAGAUUUUUGUUAGUUAUUAAACCCAUUGUCUCCCUACUCUGAAAUGAAAACAAAUAUUUAGAAAAUUGAGGCUCCCAUUACUCUGUGAUAAUAAAAAAUGUAUAUUCAUUAUCACGACUCCACUUUGUGUUUGUGUAUAGUAGUUUAAUAAUUGUAUAUAUAGAUUUAUAUUUUUGUAUAUAAAACUCUUAAAUAAAGCAGAGGAAUUCUU